UGGAAUUUUUUUUUUUUGACAAAGAUGGCAUUGUUAAAUUGGUGUCGCUUAGUUGUCGUAUCAUUAUGCUAUGUGUCAAUAGUUAAUGCACAGUCAUUUGAAUUGCAACGUCCAGUUAGAGCACUUCCAUGGGCUGAUGGGACAAAUGAAGAUUUAUGCUCACAUCCUUUACAUUCGUUUCUAUGCUCUGCCGCUAGCAGAAAGUCAGCAGUACCAUGGCGUCGUUUAGAAUACGAAGAGCCAGCUGCAACAAACUUCCAAGAUACUCGUAUUGGUCCAUUUAUACAGCAUGAAUUUGUUGAACCAAGUGACACAAAUGACAACAUUAUAAUACUUGGGUCAAGUUUACGAUCUGAUGGAUACAACUAUCCUCAACCAACAUCAAAUAUUAAUAAUGGUUAUGAUUACCCAAAACCUGCACCAAACGAUAAUGACGGAUAUUACUACCCAGUUCCAAAGCAAUCUGAAGAUAACGGAUACUAUUACCCAAAACCUGCUCCUAGUGAUGAUGAUGGUUACUAUUACCCAAAACCUUCUAUUCCUUUUGAAAUUUCAACAAGACCUCCAACGACAACUACGAGAAGAACCCCACCACCUACAUUGAGAACACCACCACCUACAACGACUCGUAGACCUACACCUCCUCCAACUCCUUAUUUGCCUCCACUUACGUUCCCUACACGACCACCAACCACAACUACAACAACUCGUAGACCAACCACCACCACACGAAGACCUACACCUCCUCCAACACCAUAUUUACCACCAAAAAUAGCACAACCUAGUGAUGAUGAUGGUUACUACUACCCGAAACCUUCUAUUCCUUUCGAAUUUAAAAUUCAAACUACGACGACAAGAAAGCCAACUCCACCACCUACGACUCCAAGACCUACAACAACCACUCGUAGACCUACGCCACCUCCAACUCCUUAUUUGCCUCCACUUACGUUCCCUACACGACCACCAACCACAACAACAACAACUCGUAGACCAACUACCACCACACGAAGACCUACACCUCCUCCAACACCAUAUUUACCACCAAAAAUAGCACAACCUAGUGAUGAUGAUGGUUACUACUACCCGAAACCUUCUAUUCCUUUCGAAUUUAAAAUUCAAACUACGACGACAAGAAAGCCAACUCCACCACCUACGACUCCAAGACCUACAACAACCACUCGUAGACCUACGCCACCUCCAACUCCUUAUUUGCCUCCACUUACGUUCCCUACACGACCACCAACCACAACAACAACAACUCGUAGACCAACCACCACUACACGAAGACCUACACCUCCUCCAACACCAUAUUUACCACCUAAAAUAGCACAACCUAGUGAUGAUGAUGGUUACUACUACCCGAAACCUUCAAUUCCUUUCGAAUUUAAAAUUCCAACUACGACGACAAGAAAACCAACUCCACCACCUACGACUCCAAAGCCUACAACAACCACUCGUAGACCUACGCCCCCUCCAACUCCAUAUUUACCCCCAUUAACUUUUCCCACAAGGCCACCAACACCUUUCAGAACAACCACAACCACACGUAGACCAACUACAAGACCUCCUCCACCACCGACAGAGGGAUACUAUUAUCCAAAACCAUCAAUUACGUUCGAGGAAGCAAGACCACCACCAGUAUACAGAACUACUACACGUAGACCAACACCUCCACCAACCACAACACGUCGGCCGACUUUACCACCUAGCACAUACUUACCACCUUUAACUUUUCCCCCAACAACUACAACCACAAGAAAACCAACUCCACCACCUACGACUCCAAGACCUAGAACAACCACACGUAGACCUACUCCACCCCCCACACCUUAUUUACCACCACUAACUUCUCCACCGAGAACCACUAGACCACCACCACCACCACCAAAAGAUGAAGGUUACUACUAUCCAGUACCAUCAAUUCCAUUUCCUCAAACACGAACAACCACUACUAGACGGCCAACACCAACUACUACAACUACAAGACGGCCUACUACAACUACUCGAAGACCCACUACAACUACACCCCGGCCCACACGACCGCCAAGUACAUAUUUACCACCAGUAACCACCCCAAGAUAUAUCCCGCCACCAACUACAACUACUCGAAGGCCCACUACAACGACACGAAGGCCCACUACAACUACACGAAGGCCUACACUACCACCAAGUACAUAUUUACCACCACCAACCACUCCAAAAUAUAUUCCACCACCAACAACUACAACUACUCGAAGGCCCACUACAACGACACGAAGGCCCACACUACCGCCAAGUACAUAUUUACCACCAAUAACCACCCCAAGAUAUAUCCCACCACCAACAACUACAACUACUCGAAGGCCCACUACAACGACACGAAGACCCACUACAACAACACGAAGGCCCACACUACCACCAAGUACAUAUUUACCACCACCAACCACUCCAAAAUAUAUUCCACCACCAACAACUACAACUACUCGAAGGCCCACUACAACCACACGAAGGCCCACACUACCGCCAAGUACAUAUUUACCACCAUUAACCACCCCAAGAUAUAUCCCACCACCAACAACUACAACUACUCGAAGGCCCACUACAACUACUCGCCGGCCCACGACUACUACCACAACUCGACGACCAUCAACAACACCACCAGCAUACCUUCCUCCUGAUGAUGGAUACUACUAUCCUAAACCCGCCAUUCCAUUUAAUUUUUAAGAAAAAAUUAAACAUUGAUGUAGGCGUUAGAAAGUAAGUAUUACGAUAAUAAGAGUAGUAUGCUCCAGUAAAAACAUCCAACUAGUGGUGGAUUCAUGGUGAACUGACAAUUUAGCACACCUAAAAUUUCAGAUACCUUAUCACAUAAUCAUAUAAUAUAUUAUGUAUUAUAUAAAUGUAUUAUGUAUAAACUUGUCGCAAAAAAACGCAAAACACGAUUAUAUUAAUUGUUAUUUGGUUUCAUAAAAUCACCUAUCGUUGUGCAUUCUAACGCCCAUCAAAACCGACCAGUUUUCGAAUAAACUAUGGAAAACACGAAUGGAAAUAUUCAAUAAAAGUUAAAAUCCAAAAAAUUCCAAUUUACAAUUUAAGAAAAAAAAAAACUUAAUAUUAAUAGCUUUCACAAAAUUUCAUUUUGCUUUGAGACUUUUAACUAAUUCACAAUUGAUUUAUGAGUAUUACAUAGUUAUUAUGUUUCAUAUUUUCAUAUCACUUCCAUAUUACCACCGCAUUCGCCUUCUCUAUAGAGCAAAGGCAAAAUAAGUCGACAAAACGAACCAGCAAAAAAUUGCUGAUGUAAAAUAUUUUUGUAAAUUUUGUAUUUUCAUAUGUUCAAU